AUGAGCAUAUACCGGAAGUGUGUAUUCAUCUCAAGGUGUGUUUUAGGAUUCACUGUAACAUCAGCAUGCGCCAUUUAUGGUGUUAUAACCUCUGCAGUUUUAUUCCUAAUAGGAAAGAACCACAUUGCUCAGUAUCUUGUUGCUCGUGCAAUGUACCACUUGUUUAGUUUGGUACUCGCUGUUGAUGUUAAGAUUAUUGAUGCUGAAAAGCUUGACAACCUACCUGCAAUUAUCAUUUCAAACCAUCAAUCUGAACUGGACCUCCUGAUAAUGGGGAAGGUUUUCCCUGUAGGCUGCACCACUACCGCCAAGUCCUCUUUGAAGUGGGUCCCUGUCUUAGGAUGGUUUAUGUCUUGGAGUGACACGUUCUUUUUAGAUCGUUCCAGUAGGGAGAAGAGUAUUCGUACGCUUAAUAGGGCCCUUCAAAAGUUAAAGAAGGAAAAACGUGCCGUGUGGGUAUUCCCAGAGGGGACGAGAUCUUACUCUACCAAGCUUGAAUUGUUACCUUUUAAGAAGGGAGCGUUCCAUUUAGCACAGCAGGGGAAUAUACCAAUCAUUCCUGUUGUAGUCUCAAAUUCCAGUGUGAUUUUCCACCCUGGAAGAGGAAUCUUUAACAGAGGACUUAUAACCUGUAAAGUACUUGACCCAAUUCGUACCGACGGUAUUGCGAAAGAGGAUAUUGGGGAUCUUGCAUCUAAGGUACAUGACAUAAUGCAGGAAGAAUACGUCAAAUUGGGAUACUCCAGUGCAAUCAAUGAUACAGGAAUGCCAGAUUUGAGCUCUGAAUGA